AUGGAAAAUGGUUCACUUGAGAAGUUUACUGACACCACAGUUGCAGGCCGUUGCUUGUUGAGGGAAAGGCUAUACGAUAUAGCACUAGGCACUCCCAGGGGAAUUGAGUAUCUACACCAAGGCUGUGACCGAAGAAUCAUCCACUUUGACAUCAAGCCACAUAACAUUCUUCUAGACAAUGAGUUUACACCAAAGAUUUCUGAUUUUGGCGUAGCAAAACCAUUUUGUAAAGAGAGAAACAGUGUAACUAUUACAAAAGGCAAAGGCACAAUCGGUUAUAUUAUAUUGCUCCCGAAUUAUUUUAUGGGAAUUCCAAGCAUGUCUCACAUAAAACUGAUGUUUCAUAGCUUUGGAAUGCUACUGAUGGCGAUGAUUGGGAUGAAAGAAAAGUUUGGUCCCACUGAUGGGGAUUCUAGUGAAGGGUAUUUUCCUCAAUGGAUUCAUGCUACUCUUUCUAAGAAUCAGAAAUUUGAAGGCAUUGGAGAAGGUCAAGAUGAAAUUGUAAGAAAGAUAGCCACUAUUGCGUUGUGGUGCAUACAAUGGAAUCCAAUUCAUAGACCUUGUAUGAAGGAAGUUGUCGGGAUGUUGGAAAGCAGUGCCUCAAGCUUGACAAUGCCUCCUAAUCAUUUUUACCAUGCAGUUGAACCCGAGAUUCAGGUUUUUGACUCCUCGUCUACAUCAGGGUUAUUAGUUUGA